AUGGACGGCAUUUCCACUUCCUCACUCCCCUCCUCCUCCCCUCUCCAAUCCUCCUCCUCCCAAUCCACCGCUUCCCACCCUUCCCGACCACUUGUUGUCAUCGCUGCCACCAAUCGCCCCAACGCACUAGAUGCCGCACUACGCCGGCCGGGAAGAUUCGACCGCGAGAUUGCAAUCAACGUACCAGGCACGAGGGAGAGAGAUGCGAUACUAAAGCUGCAUGCGCGCUCCCUCCCUCUGCAUGCUGACGUGGACAUGCGGCAACUGGCGGCGCGUUGCAAGGGCUACGUGGGUGCUGACCUGGCAGCGGUGUGUCGCGAGGCUGCCCUUGCUGCCGUCAUGGAGAUGGCUGCUGGGGAGGAGGAGAGGGGAGGGGAGGCGUUUUCUGGGGGAGGAGGGGCGGUGGUAGGAGAAGGGGAGGCGGUUUUGGGGAAAAAGGAGGCGGCUCUUGCUGCCCUCAUGGAGAUGGCUGCUGGGGAAGAGGAGAGUGUUCCUGGAGUAGGGGAGGUGUUAUUUGGAAGAAGGGAGGCGUUAUCUGGAGAAGGGGAGCUGCCUGCCGUCACGUGGAACGACAUUGGAGGCUUAGAGGGUGUCAAGGUGAGAGCGUAUGUUAAGGGGAAACUGCUGUAUGUGCUGCAGACAGCUAUGCUCUCUCGUGUGGGCCUGUCUGUGACUCGUGGCGUGGCGGCUGAGCUGCCUGCUGUCACGUGGAACGACAUUGGAGGGCUGGAGGGCGUCAAGGUGAGAAUAAAGGACCAGGGACCAGGGAGUGAGCCGCUCUGCCCCUCAUCCCCCCUUUCUCCCUUUCACUCCUUCCCCUGCGCCCCUACCCCCGUCUACUCCUCCCCACCACUCUCAACCGCACAGAAGCUGUUACAAAUGGCAGUGGAGUGGCCGCUACAACACCCUGAAGCCUUCCUGCGCCUCGCUCUCACCCCCCCCAGGGGAGUGCUGCUGCACGGCCCUCCCGGGGGCGGCAAAACAAUGCUCGCCCUGGCCGCUGCCCACGCUUCCAAGGCAACACUCUUCUCUCUCAGGGUCGCUCUCAGCCCCCCCAGGGGAGUGCUGCUGCACGGCCCUCCCGGGGGAGGAAAGACAAUGCUCACCCUCGCUGCUGCCCAUGCCUCCAAGGCAACGCUCUUCUCCCUCAGCGGUGCAGACCUGUUUUCCAUGUAUGUGGGCGAGGGGGAGGCGAUGCUGAAAGACACGUUCCGAUUGGCUCGCAUGGCGGCUCCCAGCGUCGUGUUUGUGGACGAGGUCGACGUGGUGGGGGGACGCAGGUGGGUACAGAGCGACCUGCCAAUUGCAUGCCUUAUAUCCGGUUUCCUUCCCUGUCCGUGCUUUCCGUUUCCUUCCCUGUCCGUGCUUUCCGUUUCCUUCCCUGUCCGUGCUUUCCGUUUCCUUCCCUGUCCGUGCUUUCCGUUUCCUUCCCUGUCCGUGCUUUCCGUUUCCUUCCCUGUCCGUGCUUUCCGUUUCCUUCCCUGUCCGUGCUUUCCGUUUCCUUCCCUGUCCGUGCUUUCCGUUUCCUUCCCUGUCCGUGCUUUCCGUUUCCUUCCCUGUCCGUGCUUUCCGUUUCCUUCCCUGUCCGUGCUUUCCGUUUCCUUCCCUGUCCGUGCUUUCCGUUUCCUUCCCUGUCCGUGCUUUCCGUUUCCUUCCCUGUCCGUGCUUUCCGUUUCCUUCCCUGUCCGUGCUUUCCGUUUCCUUCCCUGUCCGUGCUUUCCGUUUCCUUCCCUGUCCGUGCUUUCCGUUUCCUUCCCUGUCCGUGCUUUCCGUUUCCUUCCCUGUCCGUGCUUUCCGUUUCCUUCCCUGUCCGUGCUUUCCGUUUCCUUCCCUGUCCGUGCUUUCCGUUUCCUUCCCUGUCCGUGCUUUCCGUUUCCUUCCCUGUCCGUGCUUUCCGUUUCCUUCCCUGUCCGUGCUUUCCGUUUCCUUCCCUGUCCGUGCUUUCCGUUUCCUUCCCUGUCCGUGCUUUCCGUUUCCUUCCCUGUCCGUGCUUUCCGUUUCCUUCCCUGUCCGUGCUUUCCGUUUCCUUCCCUGUCCGUGCUUUCCGUUUCCUUCCCUGUCCGUGCUUUCCGUUUCCUUCCCUGUCCGUGCUUUCCGUUUCCUUCCCUGUCCGUGCUUUCCGUUUCCUUCCCUGUCCGUGCUUUCCGUUUCCUUCCCUGUCCGUGCUUUCCGUUUCCUUCCCUGUCCGUGCUUUCCGUUUCCUUCCCUGUCCGUGCUUUCCGUUUCCUUCCCUGUCCGUGCUUUCCGUUUCCUUCCCUGUCCGUGCUUUCCGUUUCCUUCCCUGUCCGUGCUUUCCGUUUCCUUCCCUGUCCGUGCUUUCCGUUUCCUUCCCUGUCCGUGCUUUCCGUUUCCUUCCCUGUCCGUGCUUUCCGUUUCCUUCCCUGUCCGUGCUUUCCGUUUCCUUCCCUGUCCGUGCUUUCCGUUUCCUUCCCUGUCCGUGCUUUCCGUUUCCUUCCCUGUCCGUGCUUUCCGUUUCCUUCCCUGUCCGUGCUUUCCGUUUCCUUCCCUGUCCGUGCUUUCCGUUUCCUUCCCUGUCCGUGCUUUCCGUUUCCUUCCCUGUCCGUGCUUUCCGUUUCCUUCCCUGUCCGUGCUUUCCGUUUCCUUCCCUGUCCGUGCUUUCCGUUUCCUUCCCUGUCCGUGCUUUCCGUUUCCUUCCCUGUCCGUGCUUUCCGUUUCCUUCCCUGUCCGUGCUUUCCGUUUCCUUCCCUGUCCGUGCUUUCCGUUUCCUUCCCUGUCCGUGCUUUCCGUUUCCUUCCCUGUCCGUGCUUUCCGUUUCCUUCCCUGUCCGUGCUUUCCGUUUCCUUCCCUGUCCGUGCUUUCCGUUUCCUUCCCUGUCCGUGCUUUCCGUUUUCUUCCCUGUCCGUGCUUUCCCCUCCCACUUCACCCCUCAUCAGAUCAGAUGCAGAAAGCUCUGGUGAAGGGGGGGGAGGGGGCAGCGUGGGGGAGAGGCUACUGGCGGCGCUGCUGACUGAAAUGGACGGGCUUCAGUCGCUCACUGCUCCCAUCGCACCCUCAAGCACUGCGAGCCGCACAGGAAGCAGCACCAGGAACACGGCGCAAGGAGAGUCAAAUGACGCAUCCGCUUCCUCCUCCUCGUCCUCCUCGGCAGUGCUGGUGAUAGCAGCAACCAACCGCUUCCAAGCCUUGGAUCCAGCCAUCAUCCGCCCGGGACGGUUUGACUCGGUGUGUGCCCACCACUUCCCCUUACCCUCCACUACUUCCUCCUCCGCUACUCGGUGCGUGCCACCGUUGGAUGAAUCAGGGAGGCUACCCGCCCUGCACAUCCACACACUAGUUUCUUCCCAUAUCCAACCUUCCUCGUCCCCCUCCCUCCUCUUCCGUCCUCCCCCACAUCAGAUCAUCUAUGUGCCACCGUUGGAUGAACCAGGCAGGCUGCACGCUCUGCACAUCCACACAUCCACCAUGCGCCUCGCUGCUGACGUCAGCCUGCCAGCUGUCGCCGCCCGCACGGCGCUGUUCACCGGCGCUGAUGUGGCAGCGCUGUGCAGGGAGGCCGCUUUGGCAGCGUUGAGAGGGAAGGUUCUUGGAAAUGGGGAGGGAGGGAGUGAAACAACAGCAGGGGAUACAGCACAUGGGGAAGCAAAAGCACACCACAGCCUGCGGUGCGGUGCUGACACAGGGACGAGGAUCAAGCAAGACUUGUCAGCAGAGGACGUCAUCAUCACCAUCGGCGAUGUGACUUUUGAGUCGACUCAAAAGUCAGUAGAGGACGUCAUGUAG